UGCGCUUACAAAAAAAAAAGCCCCAGAACCACAACAACAACAUUUCACCUUCUUUUCCUCCUCGUAAGCCAAAAUGCUGGAGCCCGUUUGAGCGAGCAUGGAGCGCGUCCGCCCGUCGAGUGCAACGACCGUCGGUGGCGACGCGAGCCGACUUUAAAAUACAGCCGAAGGAAAAAAAGAAGGGAGAAAGAAAGGAGAGAGAAAAAGAACCGAAGCAUGGCAGUGCGGGAAGACGGCGAGCUCAUCCAGCGCAGCGGUAAGAGCAGGCAGCAGCAGCACGACGGCGCCGCCUCCGCGUCCGCCGCCGAGAGCCUGAGGAACGGCUACGUGAAAGGCUGCGUGACGCCGCUGAGGCAAGACGGCGAGCGCGGGCUGUUGGCUCACGCGUGCCGCCUGUGCGGCGCCUCGGAGCCGCUGCGGGCCUGGGCGGCCUGCGCUGGGGGAGCCCUGGCUGCUCUCGCCGCCGCGUGGCUGCUGGUGACUGCUUCGUCGUCAUCGUCAACGUCGCGUUGGAGCUCGGCGGCGACGGCGCUGCGGGCUUUCACGGCCGACGCGUGGCACUCGGCGAGCCCGCUGUUCAGCAUCGGCUGCGCCUACUUCUUCCUCACGCUCUACCUGCGGCGGGCCGAGCGGGAGAGCGGCCGCGGCUGGCUGCUCGCUCUGCCCGCGUCCUGCCACCUCGGGGACUGGCUCCUGGCGCGCUUCGUGGAGAACGAGGAUACGGAGGAAGAAGCCCAGGUGGUGACGGCGAGCCGACUGCCUCUCGCGCUAGCCUGCGCCGGCUUGCUCACGCUGGCACCCGCGGCUCUCCGGCUCCGCCACAGCGUGCUGGCUCUCGCGCUGGCCGCCGCCGCCUGGCUCGUGGCGCUCGGCGGGCUGGGCCGCGUGCCGCCCGCACUCAGGCCCGCGCUCGCCGCGCUGGCGGGGACGGGAGGCGCCGCGCUCGCGCUCGCCUUCGAGAGGCGCUACCCGGCGCGACAGGCCAUGAGCGGCGCCGGAGCUGACGAGAAGGUGCCCGUGGUGCGGCCGCGGAGGAGGUCGAGCUGCGCCGCGCUUGGAGAGGCGACCGGCGCAUGUUACGGAGGAGCCUGGAAGAUGCCUCGCCGGCCUUCGCUGCCCUGCAUAUCCAGAGAGCAGAUGAUCCUUUGGGACUGGGACCUAAAACAAUGGUACAAGCCGCAGUAUCAGGGCGCUGCCUUCGGGAAUGGUGUGGACCUCUCUGUAAUAAAUGAAGCCAGGAGCCUGGUGGCGGAGCUGCUGAUGGACUCCUCUCUCUCUCCGCAUGUUCUAUCCUCGCUGCGCAGUGUGAGCAGCCUGAUGGGUGCCUUCUCGGGUUCCUGCCGGCCACGUGUUAAUCCCUUCACCCCGUUUCCGGGCUUUUAUCCCUGUGCCGAGAUGGAGGACCCCUCUGAGAGGGCCGAGAGGAAACCCCCUAAGGGCUUGAGCAGCAGGAACAGUCUGCCCACUCCUCAGCUGAGACGGAGCUCUGCCUCCUCCUCCCUGCCUCCUCUGGAGACGCUCUCAUCCCCUCGGUGGGAGCGCAGUAACGGAAAGAGGCCUCACACUGAGCUCAGCAGCGGCAGUGUUUCUAGCAGUCAGGGGUCUUUCUCCAAUGGUCCCAACAGCAACCUGCUGACCAUCCCCAAACAGAGAUCAUCCUCUGUAACACUGUCAUAUGGUCACACCAUCCCCAGAAGACCAGGUGCAUCUCCAAGCCUGAGUCCUGUCAGUUCACCAAGCCACAGUCCACCCGGCGCUCCCAGCUCCACACUGGUCACCCGCUCCCCAGUGGAGUUCCCCGACACAGCCGACUUCCUCACCAAGCCCAGCGUCAACCUGCACAAGCCGCUGGGCUACACACUCAGCUCACCAGACUUCCAGCAGUACCGCAGCCCUGCCUCGACCCUGCUCUGCACCAGCUGUGGGCGGCAGAUGGUGAAGGGCGGAUCCAGCAUGGAAGCGAGCGAGAGUCACCUGCCGUCAGCAACCGAUAUGCAGAGGAGACGCUCAGCUGAGGGGCCAGAGUAUGGCGGGGAUGGCCUUAUCAGGGAGGAGAGCGUGGAGGCAGAGGCUCAAGGAGAAGGCACUGCAGCUGCUGGAAAGGCCAUAGAGCGAGGGCAGCCUGAGGAAGAGGUGGAGGAGGAGGAACGCUCCAGUGUGGAACAGACCCCAUCCGAGCUUGAGGGUGAGCAGGAGUUUAGGUUGGACCCCCUGUUGGAGGACCAUGAAGCCUUGAUGGAGAAACUCAACAGCUGGAACUUCCAGAUAUUCAAUCUUAUGGAAAGAACAGGAGGAAAGACGGGGAGAAUCCUCAGCUACGUGGCGUACACUUUGUUCCAGGACACGGGUCUGUUUGAAAUCUUCAAAAUCCCAGUCCGGGAAUUCAUGACGUACUUCUGCGCUCUAGAGAACGGCUAUCGUGAUAUUCCCUAUCAUAAUCGUGUGCAUGCCACCGACGUCCUCCACGCAGUGUGGUACCUGACCACAAGGCCAAUCCCAGGCUUUCAGCAGAUCCACAACGAACACGUGACGGGAAGUGACACAGAUUCGGACAGCGGCAUCUCCCCAGGCAGAGUGUCCUACGCCUCCUCUAAAAGCUGCUCUAUCUCUGACAACAGUUAUGGUUGCUUGGCCUGGAAUGUCCCUGCCCUAGAGCUAAUGGCACUAUAUGUAGCAGCUGCUAUGCAUGACUAUGAUCACCCUGGUCGUACAAACGCCUUUCUUGUAGCCACUAAUGCACCACAGGCGGUGCUGUACAACGAUCGCUCAGUUCUGGAGAACCACCAUGCUGCCUCUGCAUGGAGUCUUUUCUUGUCACGGCCCGAGUUCAACUUCCUGUCCAACUUGGACCACGUUGAGUUCAAGCGUUUCCGCUUUCUCGUUAUCGAGGCCAUUCUCGCCACAGACCUGAAGAAGCACUUUGACUUCCUGGCGGAGUUCAAUUCCAAGGUUAGUGAUGUGAACAGCCCAGGUAUUGACUGGACUAAUGAAAACGACAGGCUGCUGGUUGGCCAAAUGUGCAUCAAGCUGGCAGAUAUCAAUGGGCCAGCCAAGGAGCGCAGUCUUCACCUGAAAUGGACAGAGGGCAUUGUCAAUGAGUUUUAUGAGCAGGGUGAUGAGGAGACAGGUCUAGGAUUACCCAUCAGCCCCUUCAUGGACCGCUCCAUGCCACAGCUAGCUAAGCUUCAGGAGUCUUUCAUCACACACAUUGUUGGGCCUCUCUGCAACUCGUAUGAUGCGGCUGGACUGCUCCCAGGCUACUGGAUCGACGAGGAGGGUUCAGAUGAGGAGGAUGAGGAGGAGGCUGAAGACACUGAAACUGAUGAUGAUGAGCUCGAUGAGGAGCUUAACCUGAAAUCCAGGAAGGGCCGGCGCCGUCUGUUCUGCAACAUCAUGCAGCACCUGACUGAGAACCACAAAGAGUGGAAAACCAUCAUGGAGGAAGAGGAGAAGAGCAAGGAGCAGCAGCAGUGUGACAGCCCGAGCCUUCCUCCCUCCUCCUCGUCCUCUGACGACAUCCAGGUCAUUCAGGAGGAAGCUGAAGAGGAGGAGCGUCAGUAGCAGCACGAGUGAGCUAAUUGGCUCUGGCAUGAAGCUCCGGGAGGGACUAAAGCGAAGGGCGCUCACUCUUGGCCCUCCCACCCCUCUAUAGAAACACAUACACACAUGCACAUAACAGACACACACGGCCCAAAUCGACACCCACAUGGAGACCCUGCUGGAUCUCCCACACUGAAAUAAGUCACUGUGCCGACACUCUAACGUUAACGCAGUUCAUGUUGUGUUGGAAGAAAAAAAAAAACAGGCCUUACUACUGUGAGAGCAUCCUUGCUGCAAAUAGUGGGAGCCCCACUUCUAUGCACUUUGACCCCACGGAGAAUAAAUGGAGAAUGAACACAGCUUUGAGGACGCUGACUUGUGUGCCGUGAGGUAGAAAAGUAAAAAAUUAAUAAAUGAAUAAAAGGAGGUAAAGAAACCCUCCAUGGUUACUCGGCUGUGAUGCUGCCUUGAACGCAGAGCUCUUAACUGUCCUGUAGGUACUUACAAUUAUUUAAAAAAAGAAAAAAAGACAAAAAAAGAUUUCAGAAACUGAAUGAAAAAUGAAAAAGACUUCAAAUAACCAUCACUUGUUACCAAAGCGAACAGUUCAAAAACACGAGGCCGAGACUAUUUCAGGCUCAGUGUCAGGAAUACUCGAGAAGCAUAAAUCAAACGUGCCUGUCUGAACCUUUUCAUUAUUUUUUUUUUUUUUUUUUUUUUUCUCCCCCCCUCCCUUCCCCCAUGUGGUCCGGAUGAUGGACUACGCAGGCUGCACUGCUCGUGCAGUCCCUCCUCAUGCUGGCGACACGAAACACUGUAUCACUGAACUCAGCCACUAGGACUUAACGUGGAAAUGCUGACAUUUGACUGAAUGAGGAAGAAGAAGAAAAAAAAAGAACAUUUAAUCCUGCAUCGUUUUCGGAUGCUUUUUUAUUCAUGUGUACCACCUGCCUUCUCUUUUAGUUUCUUUGUCAUGUUUGUUUGAAUUUUUAUGUGUGCUCAUGGGUUUUGAAAUGCUUUUUGUUUUUCUUUCUUUCCUCUUCAGGAAUGCUGAGUUGCCAAUUGUUGAAUUUUUUUGCUUUGUGAAGUCCAGCAGCGUUGAAAGCAUAGAGUACGGAACAGGGAAGCUGUUCUAAUGAAGGGAUGUUGCUUUUUUUUGUACGUUUCUGACAUAUAUAUUCUUUCACGGUUACUCAGGAUUCACGUGGAUAGAUUGUUCUGUCAAUUUCCAACAAGCCCGAACGUCUGAAUUUUCAUUUCAGUGGUAGGGAAAGGCAUUUUCUUCUGUGUUUGUGUUUUGAAGAACUUGAAAUUCAGUUUGAACAAAGAUGCUCUCCACGACGAGCAGCACCCCACACAGCGACCACUAUCCGCAUCAGCUGCCCCGAAGCUAGAACAGUCUUGUUUGUCUUUUUUUUUUUUUUUUUCCCCAACAGUCUCUU